AUGGUCACUGUCAGCAGCCUUGUUGCCGCCGCGGGCGUGGUCCUCCUGGCUGGCCAGGAGGUCUUUGCUGUGCAGCUCACCAGGGUCGAUUACCCUAACAAUGCCACGUCCAGGGCGGAGAUGUACAUCUAUGUUCCCGACAACGUUGUCGAGUCGCCGCCGCUGGUAGUGGUUGUCCUCCUCGGCCCAGGCGUACUUCCAAAACGUGGCGAUCCCGUGGCGGCAGGGGUCGGACAACAAGGGGUACAUCACGCUGUGGCCGUCGUCAGCGAACGCGGGGGCGGGGGCGACUCGCAGGCCAUCGCCGACAUGAUCCUGCACGCGGUGGCCGAGUACGGGGCGGACGCGGCGCGCGUCUACCUGACGGGCGGCAGCUCCGGCGCCAUGAUGGGCAACGUUCAUGGCCGCGACGUGGCCGCGUGGAACAACACGUGCAGCGGCGGCCGGAGCAGGGCCAGCCCGGAGCAGUGGGGCAACGUGGUGAGGGACAUGUAUCCCGGGUAUGAAGGCCCCCGGCCCAAAAUGCAGAUCUGGCACGGGAGUGCCGACAGCACGCUCGCGCCGGCCAACUACGAGGAGACGAUCAAGCAGUGGACGAACGUGUUUGGGGUGAGCCAGGAGCCGACAAACUCGGUCGAGAACUAUCCGGCGCCCAACUACCGGACGGAUGACUACGGGGAGAACGUUCAGGGCAUCUUUGCGAACGGCGUCGGGCAUAGCGUGCCGGCGAACCUGACGGCCAGCGAGGCCUGGUUCGGGCUGUGA